AUCCAGUGGCAAUUGGCGAUUUCCGAUGCCAGUGCGCAGGACUUGACGCUUUACUUCGACGUCACGCACGAGGUAUCGGUGAACGCCACCGAGGACGGCACGGAUCUAAACUCCAAGCGCACGUCGCUGCGGCAGGCAAACAGGCUGGAAUCCGGGUUGGAGGGGGGGCUGACGCAGCUGCUGACGAAAGUGAGUGCGGAUUCCAUCACGGUGGAGGAAAAAAGUUGCCGGGUGAAAGCGUGCGGGAAGAAGCAG